CACUGCCCUUGGUGGCUUGGUGUGUUGAGGAACUAGGGGGUCAAUUAAUUAAGUUAGAAAGGUAUAUUUGGAAAAAUAGUUUUAUUUGGGGAAUAAAAAUAUAUCCACUACUAUUUUGGAAUUCUUGCAACAAUUUAUUUACUCGGAUUUAGGGUCAUUUGAGUCUUUUAAAUACUUUGAUAAAUUAUGAAUCACGGAGCUAUUAAAAAACUAUUGUUUGUUUGAAAUAGUGGAUCGAUGGACAUCAUGACUUCAUCUUUCUCUCUUUAAUGAAAUAUUAAAACAAAUCAACUUUCCGAAAGUCUAAUGGAUCCAACGUCUACCACAACUUUAAAAACAAUGUUUCAUUUCAUUCAAUACUUGAAUACAUCCAUCAUCUUGGAUAUAGUCAAACUUUAAUGGCCUCCAAAAUCUUUUUCUGCUUGCUCUUGAUCAUAUUCUUGGGGGUUCAAGCAUCUCAAGUUUCAUGUGGAUCCAUCAUCCACGAUUCUAAUUUUUCUAUGCAAGCUCUACAUCAGGAAUGGAUGACCCUUCACAAGAAGAAUUACACGCAUCCCAAUGAACACAAUCAUCGUUUUAAAAUAUUCGAAGAAAACGUGAACUACAUCAACACGUUCAAUGCCAAACCCAACAAGAGUUACAAGCUUGGGAUCAACAAAUUCACAGACCUAACCAACGACGAGUUCCAUAAGAUCUAUGCAAGUGGUUACAAGAUGGUGGACAAGCCUAGAGGGUUGGAUACCUUAGACCCAAACGAUCAAAAGCGAUUUACGGUUCAAGAUUCGAGUGAGACAAAUGAUUAUUGCGACUGGGAAAAAGAAGGUGCAGUAACUCCAGUCAAGGAUCAAGGACAGUGUGGUUCUUGCUGGGCAUUCUCAGUAGUGGCAGCUGUGGAGACCCUGUUAUGGCUAAAUAUCAACCAUAGGAACGUAAGUCUCUCUGAACAAGUGAUCCUCAACUGCGGUGUUGUCCCUUCAAGCAACGGCUGUGGCGGAAAUGAUUUCAGUGUCGCAUACGAUGUCGUCAAAAAGCUUGGAACCACAAGCGAUGAGUUCUUCCCCUACAUCGCCCCAAAUAAGGGCGCCUACGAAAUGGACACAGUAGCCAAGGUCGGGUACAAGAUUGGAGAUUACACACAACUCGAGGGACCGGACGGAACGCCUCCUGCAGAGAGCGCUGUUUUGGAGGUGGUGCGGAAGCAGCCGGUUUCUGUGUCAAUCAACGCCGAUGCCCUCCAAAGCUACGAAGGUGGAAUCUUCGACGACAAGACUUGCAGCGCCGAUACGAACCACGCAGUGGCAAUAGUCGGGUUCGGUACGAGCGAAGACGGGAUAAAAUAUUGGAAGGUCAAGAAUUCAUGGGGUAAAAAUUGGGGUGAGGAUGGGUUUUUCAGGAUUCAAAGGGACCAACGCAUUUGUGGAAUUGCUACCGAGGCCUACUAUCCAAACGGUCCCAUAUGACAUACUACCUUCAUCCUAUUUGAUUUGAAAAAUAUACUUUUUCUAUCAAACAGUUUCAUUGUAUUCACUUAAUUAGGAUGUCAAAUUUUAAUCAUCAUAUUCUAAUUUGGAGUCUACAAAUUUGAAGAGAUUUUCAUGUAAGUUCUGAAUAUGUAAAUUUUAAUUGUUAAAAUUGAAUUAA